AUGGUCACGUACGACGAAUGGGAGACAUCCCUGACAGAAACACAAGCCGGAUAUUCGAACUCAUUCAAAAGUGUGGGCUAUGCGAUGAAGGUGGGAAAUUCGCGUACACUCAUCAUCUUCGAGAUUGGAUCUGUUGUCGGAAGCGACCAAAUGCGAGAGCUGAUCACUGGAGCAGCCAGAGGAGACCGGGAUGGAGUCAUAUAUAAUGCCAAACCUGGUAUAUGGGUACUGUUGGAGAGCUCUGGCAGUGAAGAAGCUCCGUUCUGCGCAACGUGGGUAUCUGAGGGGCAUAUCGAUUACGGCUCUUUGCCUCAAGAACCUCUCGUCUCCCCACUGAAUUUGGAUGGCUUAGAGUGGAGGAAGGUACACGAGGAAUAUUUUAAUUCGACCGUUGGCUGCAUCCUGGGCCUUGAAGUCGCGCAAGAGUUUGAAGAAGUGGGAAUCGACAACGCCACGAGUGCAUUUGCGGAUCUGGGUGGUGUCAUUCCCGGGGGGUUUAUUUUUGGUCCACACGAAAGUGGACAUGAGGUCCAUGUCCGUGUAGACAGGAACCAAGUAGUUCAAAUCAAGAAAGCUGAUAAAUUCCCUUGCGGUUGCGGGAAAGUUGCGGGUGAAAACCACAGCUAUAUCUUCCAUCCAUCUGCGUUACUUUUCACGUGCCGAUUGAGUACCGGUACCCUUAUUGUCCGUCAUGGAAUCAUCUUCUGUGGGACACUCCGUGUUUCUGAGUCGCAAAAUCCAUGA